UGAUUGUAAAGGGUCUAGCGCAACGCCACACGCUCGUGUCGUUCCUUUCAAUACUGUACCCGUAGGGUUAGCUAGUGUCCAUUGGAAAGGAAAACAACCGGAGGAGAUGCCAUCAAAGAUAAUUUUUGAAACCGAAGACAUCGGAAUGGAAAGUGAAAUGGACAUUAGUGCGGGCAGUACGACACCAAAAAAAAUAAAGGAGAAGAAGACCAAGGAGGGAAAGAAACCGAAGAAGCAGAAAACAGUUGAAGAGGAACCUGACUGUGAACCUCCUGCUCCCAAGAAGAAAAAGAAAGAAAAAGUGGAGAAAAUAAAAGAAGACCUAAACAAAUCCAUUGAGGUUAAUGGAAACCUCAAAUCACCUUUGAAAAACGAUACAUCCCAUUCUGAUGAGGAGUGUGCAGACAAAGCAACUGAGAAAAAGAAAAAAAAGAAAAAAAAGUUAGAUGAGGUUGUGAACGGUGUGUUGCCUGAGAUUCCCAAGCUGGUUCCACAAACUAAUGGACAUUCCCCCACGGUGACAACUUCAGCAGAGUCAAGUGAGGACACCAGCAGUGACAGUGAGAAACAAACCGAGACCCCAGAACAAAAAAGUGGAGCCUUCUCAAACUUCAGAAUCUCCCCCAACACCAUCAAACUACUUGAAGCACGCGGAAUAUCAUUCCUUUUUGAUAUUCAAACUCAAACCUUCAAUUCUGUGUAUGACGGAAAGGAUGUCAUUGGCCAAGCAAGAACAGGCACUGGCAAAACUUUAGCUUUUGCCAUUCCUCUAAUUGAGAAACUCCAAAAUGACCCUGAAGACAAGAAAAGGGGCAGAGCUCCAAAGGUUCUUUGCCUCGCUCCAACCAGGGAAUUGGCCAUUCAAGUAGCCAAGGAUUUCAAGGAUAUGACAAAGAAACUGUCAGUUACCUGUUUUUAUGGUGGCAGCUCUUACAACCCCCAACUUGAUGCAAUCCGAGGUGGCAUUGAUGUCCUAGUUGGAACUCCAGGUCGCAUCAAGGACCAUCUUCAGAAUAACAAACUCGACCUGUCUCAGUUGAAGCAUGUUGUGUUAGAUGAAGUGGACCAGAUGCUUGACAUGGGGUUUGCAGAACAGGUCGAGGAGAUACUUUCUGCGUCUUACCAAAAAGGCUUGGAAAGCAACCCCCAGACUCUGCUCUUCUCUGCUACAUGUCCGCCAUGGGUUUAUGAGGUGGCAAAGAAGUAUAUGAGGCCGAACUUUGAGCAUGUGGACCUCAUUGGAAAAAAGACCCAGAAAACAGCAACCACAGUGGAGCACCUUGCCAUUGCAUGCCACUGGUCCCAGAGGGCUGCUGUCAUUGGGGAUGUCGUUCAGGUGUACAGUGGCAGCCACGGCCGGACCAUUAUCUUCUGUGAGACCAAGAAGGAUGCCAAUGAGCUUUCGAUGAACGCCUCCAUAAAACAGAGUUCCCAGUCACUUCACGGAGAUAUUCCUCAGAAACAGCGGGAGAUCACUCUGAAAGGCUUCAGAAAUGGCACUUUCGAGGUAUUAGUCGCCACCAAUGUUGCCGCUCGUGGGUUGGACAUCCCAGAGGUUGACUUGGUCGUACAGUGCUCCCCCCCAAAGGAUGUGGAGUCCUACAUCCACCGUUCAGGUCGAACUGGUAGGGCUGGCAGGACCGGCAUCUGCAUCUGCUUCUACCAACGCAAAGAGGAGGAUCAGCUUCGGUGGGUGGAGCAGAAGGCAGGCAUCACAUUCAAGCGAGUUGGUGUGCCCACUGCCAAUGACAUCAUCAAAUCCUCCAGCCAAGACGCGGUGAGGUUUUUGGACUCCGUGCCCCCCCAAGCCAUCGAGUACUUCCGCGUGUCCGCCGCCAAGCUGAUUGAGGAGCGUGGGGCUGAGGAGGCCCUGGCCGCGGCUCUGGCACACAUAUCGGGGGCCACUGCCCUGGAGCAGAGGUCCCUCCUCAACUCGGACGCUGGCUACACCACAAUGACAAUGAACUGCUCACAGGAGCUGCAAAACAUCGGCGCUGCCUGGCGAGCUCUGAAGGAACAGCUGGGGGAGGAAACUGACAAUGUGAUUCGCGGGAUGACCUUCCUCAAGGGCAAAAUGGGAGUCUGUUUUGAUGUUCCGGCUGACAAAGUAAAGCAGUACCAAGAUGCCUGGCAGGAUGGUCGACGCUGGCAGCUGUCAAUCGCCACUGAGCUCCCCGAACUGGAGGAGAAACCACGCAUGGGCGGGGAUCGAGGAGACCGUGGACGCUUUGGCGGACGUGGCGGGGGAGGACGGGGAGGUGGUCGUGGCUUCCGAAGCGGCGGUGGUAGCGGUUUCCGAAGCGGCGGAGGUGGCGGUUUCCGAAGCGGCGGUGGUAGCGGCGGUGGCGGGAACUGGAGUGGUGGAGGCGGUCAAAAACGCAACUUCAACAGUGCAUUUAAUUAUUAACCAUCAACUUCCCAUUCUCUGGACUGAAGAGAUGUCUGUUUUCUGCGCCGCAAGUGUUGUUUUUUUACUGGCGUUUUGGGGGACUGACUCUUACCCAGUAUUCCCAAAAUAUGACUGCAAUUCAGUACCGAACUCUGUACUUGGUGAACCCAUUCAUUAGAAUGUUUUUUCAUUAAAGGUGAAAUGAGGAAAUGAAA